UUAUCUUAACCCCUAAAUCACCACCGCUCUAGUCCCCUUUAUAUCUUCAAACCCGGUUGCUGAGAAAACCUCAUUACAAACUCGGACUCAUUGAAACAUUUCAUCAAACAGUUGGUGUGCAACAAUGGCAGACGAUGAAAACGCCGUCACUGUCUACAACACCACCGCAAUCACCGAUUUAAACAAGAAGAAUUCGUUAUCAAUGAAAGUGGGCCUUGCUCAGAUGCUCAGGGGAGGCGUGAUUAUCGAGGUUAAUAAUGCUGAGCAAGCCAAGAUUGCUGAAUCAGCUGGAGCUUGUUGUGUUGUUGUUGUUGAGAGUGUUGAAAGUGGCAUCUUACGGAUGCCUGACCCGGGUUUAGUGAAGGAAGUGAAAAGGGCUGUUUCGAUUCCUGUAAUGGCGAAAGCCCGGGUUGGGCAUCUCGUCGAGGGGCAGAUUCUGGAAGCGGUGGAGGUUGAUUAUAUUGAUGAGAGUGAAGUGAUGGGAAUUGCGGAUGAGGAUCAUUUUAUUAACAAGCAUAAUUUCCGGGUUCCAUUUGUUUGUGGGUGUAGGAAUUUGGGAGAGGCGUUGAGGCGGGUUAGAGAAGGCGCGGCAAUGAUUAGGACACAAGGGGAAGGAAUGAAAUUAGGCGAUAUUGUUGAGACGGUUGGGAGUGUAAGGAGAGUGAUGGGGGAUAUUAGGGUUUUGUCGAAUAUGGAUGAUGAUGAGGUUUUCGCGUUUUCAAAGAGGAUUGGUGCUGCGUAUGAUAUAGUGGCGCAGACUAAGCAGAUGGGGAGGCUUCCGGUUAUGCAUUUUGCGUGUGGGGGGAUUGUGACUCCAGCUGAUGCUGCGUUGAUGAUGCAAUUGGGGUGUGAUGGUGUGUUUGUUGGACCGGAGGUUUUUGCUUGUGGGAAUCCGUACAAGAAGGUGAGGGCAAUUGUGCAGGCUGUUAGGAAUCAUACUGAUCCACGUGUGCUGGCUGAGGUAAGUUCGGGGUUUAAUGAAGCAAUGCCUAGGUUUAAUGUGAAUGAGAAUCGUGUUGAACAAUUUGAUGCUUCCAGGACCUAUUAAUCGAAGGUUGCUAUGUGAUGUAAUGUAAUCUAGUCUUGUUCUGAUUUUGCUUUGACUGAGUGUACUGAUGAUAUUUGUAUCUAAAAUUAACCUAGUUAGAUGUAAUAAUCAAUAAAUUUUCAUAGGGCAGAUCGUUGUUGUGUUCUUCAUGUGUCUGUCUUCAUUAAUAUGAAAGAAUUACUGUGAUCAGUCAAGUGCAGAACUGUUUUUCUUC